ACUAUUCAUCGCAAUAUUUGGAGAUGGAGGGAUAGAGACGAGAGGGAGCAGAAACUGAGGGGAAAGAAAACCCCUCCUCCCCCCUUGAGAGACCAUUAGUGACCCACAGAGCAGCUGCGUGCAGCAAAUGUACUAACACCAUCAGCUGGGUCUCUCUAGUUAUUCUUCCAUGGGAGAAUCAGCAACGAACCCCCUUUUUGUUGUUAAUGAAUUGCUGAUUGUUUCCUGCUCAGCUCACUGGUUACUUAAUUGACUUAGCCGAGCCUGGGAAUCCAGCAGGAUCAGUGGCAGCAUAGUCACGCUGCCCUCUUCGCUUCAGAAAUCCAGCCCUGGAUCUGGCAAGGAAGCAGCUAUCGCAGGCGUUAGAGAGGGGGAGAGACAGGAAUUCCUCUGCAGGGCUCAAGAAGCAGAAGAAUUUGGGGGCUUGGCAAGCCUUUUACCUUAAAUGAAGGCCCGAUGGAUGUUUGCUUUGCCUAUAACCAGCUGGGUCUGAAUGGCCUGGCUCCUGUGCAUAUGGAAACCUGCAGAAGAUUUUACCUAACAGAGCUGAAAGUCCGAGAUUAAAAAUAAAUAGAAAUACAGCGUAAAUUUAUUUUAUUUUAUUUAUUUAUUUAUUUAUUUAUUUACUUAUUUAUCUAUUUGCCAGCCGCUGUGUUUAACUUAGUGGCAAACAGCAUCCAUUAAACUUUGAAAAGCUACUUCAGAGAAACACUGAGCUACACCAUCAAGUGUGGGAGCAGGGAAAGCAUUGCAUGGCAGAAGGAUGCAAGCUGGGAUGUAAAUGGAUUUGACUCUAUUAUUUCUUAACCCUCCCAGUUCAUUUAGUUGUGGUUUUUCCCUGGCAGACCUUCUCCUAUGACAGAAGGUUGAAAUUGCAAGAGCUGCAUCUUCUGUUUGUUUAUGUGGUGUUUUUGUUUUUGUGGGGGGUUCUGAAUAUUCUAUAUUCCCAGGGAAAAUACUUCCAACCCGUUUCCUCCUCCAGCCCUCCUGGGGAGAGAGGGCAGUCUGCUGUGGAGCAGAACACUUCCGAGAGCUAAAGUGGGGAGGGGAUUUCUGCAACCAAAAUAAAGCGAGGACACUAUGCAGGUUUCUUUUGUAUGCUCAGAGCACAGCAUAAAGAGCCGGAGUGCAGAAGAUCGACUGAACAGACAAAAUGCCAGCAGUCCCAGCCUUGGCACACGUAGCAAAUUCCGAGCAGUGGCAAUGGUUGCCCGGAGUCUGGGACAGCUGUCUAUGCAAAAUGCUCCAUCCUCAAGUGAAUCCACCAUGAAACAGCCAGGAAUGAAAUAUAGAAAUCUUGGGAAAUCAGGGUUGCGAGUAUCCUGCCUUGGCUUAGGAACAUGGGUGACGUUUGGAGGGCAGAUUACAGACGAGAUGGCAGAACAGCUGAUGACUUUAGCAUAUGACAAUGGCAUUAACCUGUUUGACACAGCAGAAGUCUAUGCUGCUGGGAAGGCUGAAGUUGUGUUGGGAAAUAUUAUUAAGAAGAAGGGUUGGAGGCGCUCUAGCCUGGUCAUCACAACCAAAAUCUUCUGGGGAGGAAAAGCAGAGACUGAGAGGGGACUGUCCAGAAAACACAUCAUAGAAGGUCUGAAGGCUUCCUUAGAACGGCUGCAGUUAGAGUAUGUGGAUGUUGUGUUUGCGAACAGACCAGAUCCCAACACACCCAUGGAAGAGACGGUGAGAGCAAUGACCCAUGUUAUCAACCAGGGAAUGGCCAUGUACUGGGGAACAUCGCGCUGGAGCUCCAUGGAGAUCAUGGAAGCGUACUCAGUGGCACGGCAGUUUAACCUAAUCCCGCCGAUUUGUGAGCAAGCCGAGUACCACAUGUUCCAGAGGGAGAAGGUGGAGGUGCAACUCCCUGAGCUCUUUCACAAGAUAGGGGUUGGUGCCAUGACUUGGUCCCCACUGGCCUGUGGAAUUGUUUCUGGAAAAUAUGAUGGUGGAAUCCCCCCUUACUCUAGAGCAUCUUUGAAGGGAUACCAAUGGCUAAAAGACAAGAUCCUGAGUGAAGAGGGAAGGAGACAGCAAGCAAAGCUGAAGGAGCUGCAAGCCAUUGCAGAGCGCCUGGGAUGCACCUUGCCACAGCUUGCUAUCGCCUGGUGUCUGAGGAACGAAGGAGUCAGCUCAGUUUUGCUAGGCGCUUCCAAUGCAGACCAGUUAAUGGAGAAUAUCGGAGCGAUACAGGUUCUUCCAAAAUUGUCCUCUUCCAUUAUACACGAGAUUGAUAGUAUUUUGGGCAAUAAACCAUACAGCAAAAAGGACUACAGAUCCUAACUGUGCCUACUGUCCCCCUGGACUCACUCUUAACUCCUAGCCUUCUGUUUGCUUGCUUAAGCUUUACUGAAGCCAAGUGAAGAGUGUGAUUAGCAUCAAAAGAAUACAACAUGGCAAGAUGUUAUAGAGAAAUUGUUUAAAAUGUUGCUGCAAGAUGACAUAUGCUUAUUAUGUAACAUUUAUUUUGAAUGCAAGAAGAGUCACAGAUUGGGAAGAUUUCAGGCGUCUGUGCUUCCUUUUUUAAAAGAACAAACUACUUUUUUCACAAACACAUACAGAAUAUCACUGCUUUUCAUUAAUUCCAGCUCCUAUACGAUGCGCUUGAAUAUUCAGAUCUGACACAUACACCAUUUAACUAAGAAUUAUAAUCUCUGUUCCAAAAGCAAUGCUGGCUUUACAAUGAUCUGGCUAAUGUGAGGUGGAGGACUGUCUGUUAGAUGUCUAACAUCUAAGCAUGUUAGAAACAGCUGUUUCGAAAGUUCUGCUUGCAUCUCCCAGCUGGUUUUGUUCUUUAGUUUGUUCUGUAUAUAUUUCUGUUGGAGAAGAUUGAAUACUUCAAAAAAUACAAAGUGAAUCAGCCAAGUUGUUGGCAAGCAGCUGUAAGAGUUCAUGCUCUGCGAUUCGGUAGCCUCCCCAAGGCCCUCACUGGGGCCGGGAGUGUUUGUCGCAAUGCUUUUUUUAUUUUUCUGGUGCCUCAUAUUGAUCUUCUGAGGUGGUGUUGCUAUUCGCACAAGGCCUGAGCCAACUGGGUUCCAAUCAGGGGGCUUUCUUUCCCUGUGAACAGGCUACGUCCUCAGCCCAAGCACCUCUUGGCCUCAGUGGGCUUCCCUGGAGCUUUGCAGAGGUCUGAGUGCAGGGCGCAGUUUGUGACUUUGAACAGAAAUGAUGUGUUGGCAUUGAAGGCAUUUCAGUAAGAAUCCCUCACCAUGCUGCUGCUUUUCUCUCCAGCAGGCAGUGCUAUUUUAACACGAGCAUCUUGCUGGUUUCAUUACUUCCUCUAUCAUUCACUCAGGUCUAGGUUCUCAUUUACAACUAAUGUGAAGUUUUACAUGUAUAAUGUUUUACUAAACAUUUUAAACAGUGUAACUGCUUAGUAUGAAAGAGAGCAGAGACCUUCAAUUAAUCUCUGUCCAGAAAACAUCCAGCUUUAAUUUUAGAUGCUUGAUUUCCUUAACACCCAGAAUCUGUGAUAUUUCAUAAGCAAUCUCUCAAACUGCUUGAGCCAGCCAUUGCUUUAAAAGGAGCAGGGCAGACAGGGAUUUAGUUUACAUGUGUUCAGUGGACAAUCAUGGAGCAUCGUUACCAGCUGCACACAGUAAAUGAUGGUAAUGAGCAAUUUAAUCGAAGAGGAUGUCUGACUAAGGAGUUCAAGCCACCAGACUUGCGGCUGUGGCUGGGUGCUGCUCAGUAAUGUGGACACUGCACACUGGAUUGAACAGCUGUAGUGCAUAUUUUUGAGAAUCUUUUGCCUUUGCAAACAAACAAAAUAUUUUUUGUAUGUUACAAAAUCAUUAUACUUGUUUCAGAUCCCUGACUUGUGUGGGCUGCCACCUAAUAUGGUACCAACUUUCCCCUAAUAUUUCAGACUGCAUUUGUAGGUACUUGUUUCACUGAUGACAUAUGUGCACUGCUAUCACAGGGAGAUAUUAAUUUGAGAAGCAGAUAACUUGGUCUCGCUUGCCAGAUGAAUUACUUCGGUAGACUGCUAGGUUCCCCAUUUCCACUAAAGAUUAAUCUCAUCUUUAGACUGAUUGUUACAAUGUUGUGGAACCACUGAGUCAACUUGAUAUAACAGUCAACAAAUACAUAUUCAUUUCCUGUCCUAAACUCGUAGGUAACGUUGCUGGUGCUGUUAAACGGAUACCACUUUCCACCCCAGAGGUGGCUGCAUUUCACUGUUGGCUAUAUGGAUCCCUUUGGGAUGGUCCUGCAAAUCAGAUGCUAUAGGAUAAGCCACUUCACGCUAGUUGGUCUGAGAUGUAAAAGUUUUGCAUUACUGUAGUAAUCACAUACUUCAAUUUUUGGUAUAAUGUUGGUAGUAUUUUUCUCAUAACCACUGCAUAGAUAACAAGGGGCUAGUUCUUGGAAAUUUGGAACAGAAUCUUUUAGCUGUAGUCUGCCAUGUGCUGGAAUGAUUCUGCACCCUAAGGUAAGUACAAACCUAUCUAUUGGAUUGUCUACAGAGCAAGCAGAAUAAUGCUAAUGAACAGUGAUAAAGCACUGGUGGUGAGGAAUCAUUGUUCCCCGGCAGGGGUUAAUGUUUUCAAGGACUCUGACUGCAUUUAUUUAGGUUUGACAAAUAUUAGUGCUUCUAUUCCCCUUUUUCUCUUUCAAGGGGCAGCUGGUCCAAGCACAGAGCACUCCCCCAGCAACACUCAGGGAGCUGGGAACUUGCUCUGAAAAUGCAAUUGCAUUUCUUGCAUUAAUUGGCACUGUUUUGGCAUUUGUACAGAGAUUCAGUGUGUGUACAUGGGUCACACAAACCUCUCUAGCACAACAGGAUCAGAGCAUUGCCCUAACCUACAAAAAAUAACACACAUCUAUUGGCAGGGCAUUUUAAAACAUCCCUCAGCUGUGACCUCCCACCACCGUAGGUUACUGCAAUGGGAGGAGAGCCAGCUAUCUUGUGGAAAGCUGAUUUGCUUGGAACAUUUUUGUCUUGCUCCUUUUUAAAAGGCAUUUCUGCACACCCCCUGGACUGGUCUCUUUACAGCCAGUGGUGUGGGCUCGGCCUGUCUCAGGUCCCAGCCCAGAGGUCCCAGCCUGGGCUCAAUCCCAAGUGCAGAAAGACAAAUUGUGAUUUGCACCAGUGCUGUUUGUUCCUGAUUGACUUUGCAAAUUAGAAUAUAAAUUACACCUGUGCGUGACUCUGCUGGUCUGCAGCAGGAGUCUGAACCCCACUGUAACCUCACCAUACAACCAACGUGCUCAAUGCUGUCUUGCUGAGCCACUGCUGUUCCUGCCCCCCAUCACCAUCCAGCCCCAGCCAUAGACCCUGCCCUGUUGUAAUCAAAGCGUGAUUAUGGCCAGCUGCCUUAAUGGUUCUCACACAGAAUGCUGCUCUGAGGACUUUGUACGGGGCUGCUCAGUGUUUCAGGCCUGACGCUUGUUGCUACUGAAUUUAAAUUUCCUUUAAUAUUAGAGUUUGAGUCUAGAUUAAAAGUUGUACUAUUUUUAAGCUGGUGUAAAAAUGUGGUUGGUCAGUUGCAUGAGGUGUUAGCUUCUUGCAGCGCUGCAUGUGUAUUGGGGCGGGCUGUGUCCUGCAGGCAGUCAGGAUGGACAAGAGCCUGUCCCAAUACUCGCGGUGCUCUGCCAUAUACUCUGUGAGCAGGGGAAUAAACACCUGGCUUGUGGGCACUGAGAAAGGGCCUGUUGCUUGGAUAUCAGCUGCUCUGUGGCUCUGUGAGUAGGCUAGUCAGCGAUUCAUUUACCUUGGUGGUGGUGGUAAACCCCAAACAGAAAUGCCCCAGGAAAGCUCAGGGUGUUGCUCCCCAGGGGGCAGGUUUAGGUCUCCCAGCGUAAGGAAUGGGCAGGGUGAGUGAAGAAUGGUGACAGCCUUGCCUACGAUUGCACUUUAACAGCUGUUACUUGUCAGGCUUGUCUAAUGUUAGCCCCAGCCCCAGCACUGCAGUGUCCCCAGGGAGCGCUGUGUGGUGCUGCACCUGUUCCGGUGAACAUUAUGAUAAAAAGGGGGAGGAACCACCCCAGACACCAACGCUUGCUCCUAUGGCCCUUGAGUGUCCCCUCCCAGAGCUGUUCAAGGGGUUUUCCACAACUUCCAGUUGCCUUUUCCGGUCUGAGCCUCCAUAUCCUACCCCGGAGAUUUGCUUGGUUUCCUGUGUACUUUGUUCUGGGUACAAGGCAGGUAACGCAGGUGAGUUUUGGCUGUUGUGUGUAUUACUGUGUUCUCCCCGCCAUUCAGCGAGCCCUGCUCUUUACCAUUGAAAAUUCCACUGCAGCCAGUAGCUGUGAAUUACCAAUGCCGGUUAUUGUCCUGUCUUGCAUUCAAUCCUUGUAUGUAAAUAAAGCGCUUUCUUUUUUGAGAGAGAAAGCGAGAGAGACAUAUCUAGGGUUGUGAUUAUUACGCUAGCUGUAACUGCAUAAAUGAUAGACAAAGCCAGCCGACUGCAUUGUGCUGCUGAAUGAUGAUUGCAACUGAUAUUCAGCUAUUGUAUUUAUGGAAUGACAAAAUAAAAGGCCAGCCUGA